CGGGAACUGUGACCUCGACCACCUCAACUUGUGAUAGAGCGAGAUCACCUCUUCGAUAUCCAAACAGCUUACAAAACCAUCCACAAUGUCGAACCAAACCCCAGAAGCCCAAGCUGCGGCAGCCGCGCAUCUCAAGCUCAUCGAGCAGCUUGACAUCCAUUCCAUCCACAAGUCAUUCCGCAACACACACUGGCGACCAAACCAGCGCCGCAACAAAAACAUCAAGACCAUCCUCGGCGACGCGCAACGAAAAGAGGCCAAUUCCAUCCUCGCGACUCCCCAAGAUGCCAGCGGCGCCGCAACCCCCGCUCCAGUUGGCGACGACGGUCUUUCCACCAGCGGAACCUCGACACCAGCCGUACCCUCGACCAAUGGCGCGAACGCGAAUGGCACAACAGUCAGUCUGGCACAGGCAUCUAGGAGCUUGUCCAAGCUGGUGCUAGAGAAGAGCCUCAACGUGCCAUCAAAGGGAUCAAACGGACUGGCCGCGAGUCUGUCCUCGGCACCGGUUGCGACGUAUACCAACAUCGAAAGCGCACCGAGCCUUGCGCCCAUGAGGCGCUACUGUGACAUUACUGGGCUGUCGGCACCGUACAUUGAUCCCAAGACCAGGCUGCGAUAUCAUAACGCGGAGGUGUUUGCCAUGAUUCGGAGUCUGCCGCAGGGCGUGGGAGAGCAGUUCUUGGAGGCCAGAGGUGCUCAUACCGUUCUUAAAUAGUGAGCUGGAAGCGGAUGUUCGAACCCGGGCUGGUUGCCUUGUCAUUUGGCGCCUAUUUACUAUGGCGUACACAUCUCGCUCACGCUACUUCCGGGUUGGAGGGACAUUGAAGCAACUACAAUGUAGGAUGGGAUAUCACAAGGAGGCGUUGACAGGACUCAGGAGAGCAUUUGUUUCGAAGGCGUUAAGGGACAACAAGGAGGACGGAAUUGCACGGCGUUUUCCAUCUUGAACAGACCAAGGGAGGAGAGCAUUGUUAAUGUGUUGUUAUUACUAUUCACAACAAAGAAUCUAUCUAAUCGCAGAAGAAUAUGUUCGACCAACAAAGUCAAGUCCCAACUACGUACUCGCUGUCUUUCAACAGCAAGAUACAAUCGACACUC